UUUGAUAACUUGUAAAGCAGCAUCAACUGUUUGGAAGUUUGUCUUACAUAAUGAAUUCUUGGUUUAUUUAAGAUCACAUUUUGUAAAAGUCACACUGAGAAUUCUUUUCAUGAGGUGUAUAUUUGUAUAUCAGAAAUGGACUUGAAUGAACUCCAUGGGCUUGUAUUGGCUUUCUGCCAUUAAUUAUUAGGCUUCAAAUUUACCCACAACUUUUGCUCAGUCGUCUAGAGUUAAGCUAGAGAUUUUGGCUGUGAUACAAGCAGUGAUGAAAAACACAUGAGUAGUAACAAGUUUCUUAACAUUAUUCGUCAGUACUAAGAUGGACUAACCUACAGAAGCAGUUUAUUCAAGUCUCACCCAGCGUGCCAGAAGAAACAGGAAUUUCUCAGCAACUUCCCCACCUUUUUAGUGUUCAUUUUACAGGCUUCAAUCUGCACUAAUGUUAAGGAACUGGAAAUAAUUUUUUUCAGGUUGAAUAUUCUUUUUAGAAGAACUUGACAAACUUAAAAGGAAAGUGCAUUCUGUGAAGACAUGAGGAAAUAUAUGCUUCUCCUCCUCUUGACUUUGUGCUCAGCUAAGCCUUUCAUAAACCCUUCCUAUUUCACAUUAAAGAAUAUGAUGCUCAUGGAUAUGGAAGAGAUGGCUGAUGAUGAUGAUGAUGACGACGAUGAUGAUGACGACGAUGACGAUGAUGACAAGAAUGAUAAUUCCCUUUUCCCAACUUUUGACAUAUUUACUGCUUGUCCUUUUGGAUGUCAGUGCUAUAUGAGAGUUGUCCACUGUUCUGAUUUGGGUUUGACAUCAGUUCCAAAGAAUAUUCCUCGAGAUACUCGCAUGUUAGACCUUCAAAAUAACAAAAUUAAGGAGGUCAAGGAAAAUGAUCUUAGAGGACUCACAUCACUUUAUGCACUUGCCUUGAACAACAACAAAAUAACCAAGAUACAUCCCAAAGCCUUUCAGUCCACAAAGAAAUUGCGACGUCUCUACUUGUCUCACAAUCAGUUAACUGAGAUCCCUGCAAACCUGCCAAAAGGUUUAGCUGAGUUGAGAAUUCACGAUAAUAAGGUUAAAAAGGUACACAAAGAAGCUUUUAAAGGAAUGAAGUCUUUGCAUGUUUUAGAAAUGAGCGCAAAUCCUGUUGAUAAUGAUGGAAUAGAACCUGGAGCGUUUGAAGGUGUGACAGUCUAUCACAUAAGAAUAGCAGAAGCUAAAUUAACCUCUGUUCCUAAAGGAUUACCAUCCAGUCUACUAGAACUUCAUCUAGAUGACAACAAAAUUUCUGCAGUAGAACUUGAGGAUUUUAUUCGAUAUAAAAACCUUCAAAGGCUGGGGCUGGGAAACAAUAGAAUCAAGGAUGUGGAAAAUGGAACUUUUGCAACUAUACCAAGUGUACGAGAAAUACAUCUAGAAAGAAACAAGCUGAAGAAAGUCCCUCAUGGCCUUGGAGAUCUGAAGUAUCUACAGGUUAUCUUCCUUCAUUCUAACAGUAUUUCGAAAAUAGGAGUGAAUGAUUUUUGUCCAACAGGAGGAAGGCUGAAGAAGGCAUUGUACAGUGGCAUUAGCUUGUUCAACAAUCCUGUUAAAUACUGGGAUGUCCAGCCUGGAACAUUUCGCUGUAUAUUAAACAGAAACAGUGUGCAGAUUGGAAAUUUUAGAAAAUAAGGUUGCAUAGUUAAUACAUCAGUUAGACAAAAAUAUCAAAACCAGGAUCUUAGUACUUGAAAUUUGUUGGACAGCUUUAUAGUGUCCAAUUAUUUUAAAAUACCUUCAAUUAUUUUAGAGGUUGUAAAUUAGUAACAUAAUAUACAAUAAACACAUGCCUUUUGAUUUAUUCAUUUAAAUGUACCACUUAUGAAAAAUAAGCAAACUUUUGGUAUAACGUAAAAAAAAAAAUUCUGAGCACUAUGCUGGAAUCUUAUGGUUUGGGUCCUUUGACAUUGUUCCCUUUGUGUUUUUCUUUGGCCUUUGGCAGAUGCUUUCCUCUGCUGCAGCACACAGUUCUUCUGCCAUUUGCAUUUCUGUGUGCACAAGAUCAAAAUUUUAAAGGAACCCUUAUGCAUUUCCAAAUAUUAGCAGAUGAGUAAGUUGGCAGGUGAAAGCCUCUGUAGGGGGCAAAGAUAUCAUAGGAUCCAACCAAUUGUUAUGUUACACAGACUUUUUUGUCAGCAGAAAAUAAUAGACACAAACAACUUUCUCCCAUUAAACUGGGUUUUUUUUCAGUAUUGAAGAGGUCCUGUAUAUAAAGUAUAUAUCAGAUUUCAAGUAAAAGUGGUGAACUUUUAAGUAAACUAAACUGGUUACGAAAAAGCUUUAAAACGUACUGUACUAGUAACUGAUACUCUAAUCAGACUAGAUAAUAUUUAGUAAUUGCAGUAAAUUGAAAGGCAAGCUUGAAAUCGUACACUAAGUAGCCUCAAAGCCUUUAGUAUUUAUUCAUGUAGUUUUCCCCUACAACUGUAUACUACCUUCUGUACCAAAUAUGUAGGUAUGAUAACUAUUAAAAAUGUAGAAAUUAAAUAUUAUUUUCCUUAGGAAUAAUGAUUAAAUUCUCUGCAGGCCAGUUCAAUAUUACUAUUUUAUUGUAUACUGUAAACAUAAAUGCUCCUCUAAUUGGAGGUUUUGUGUACAGUUCAAAUGCCUGCCCUUGCUUGGGUAUGGCAUUUUAUUGAAAAGGAAAAGAAACAUGAAAGCAGAAAUUUCAAACAUAAGCAGUAUUCUCAUAGCUAUGAAGGACAAAGUGGAAGCAUAUGCGCACAUUGAAGCCACUUUAUUGUGGCCAUCACAUCUGACCUUGUAUAUUCAAUUCUUACUAUUGCUUGAGUACUGUAACAUGGCUUGAUUAAUCUUGCAUAUAAUGUCUAAUGUAUUUGGCUAUGGAUAAAUAAAUUGAUUAGUUAUCCAUACUUUACUUAACUAAUGACAGUACUGUACUGCAGUGGCUAUUUUUAGCAUAACUGUGUUAUUCAUGUUAACUUUGUUAAGUUGAUUCAAAAACUAUAAUUUGCUUCUCUAAAAAACAUUGUGAGAUCGUGUAAUAUUAUCACACCAUGUUCUAUUGUAUUUCAAUUAACCACUCAUUGUACAGCUCCCUUCUACUAAAUGAGGGGUCUUCUCCUCCAGAGCAAGAUAACGCACAACAAGACACCUAACUUAGGGGAAGACAGUUGUAGGAUUCCUCCCACCCAAUAUACAACACAUUCAAUAUAUGUAUUUUAAAUGUUGUACCUGAUCCUUAGCCACUUUAAUUAGAGGUUUGUGUCAAGUGUGAAUGCCUUAGAUAUAAUUCAUGUGCAAAUUGUACUUAAUUGAAUGGUGAAUGUAAAUAAAUUUGGAUAUUGUGCACUUUGUAGUGCCGCAGUGGCCCAAAAACCUGCUUGAAAAACAUCUGGGAUUGGGUCUUGCCAACUGCCCAUCAACAGAAGGAGGUGACUGACAUCUGCCUACUGGUGACAUUAAUCUAGCCAAAGUUCCAAACCAGCUGAGUGAGAGGACACGUGUAGAUGUUAAAUGGCAUUUAUCCAUGCUACCUGGACAAAAAAUGAGGAGACGCUUUUUUUAAAGAUGUCCCCAUGAUGUCUUAUAAUGGUUGGGCAGAAAAAGCCAAAAUCACAAAUGCAUUUUCCCUCUAUUGCAACUUUAUGCCAAACACUUAUUGGAAGUAAGUGUCAUCAUGAAGGAUCAUGUGAUUUGCUUGCCAACAAAGCAAUACGGAUUGCUAGUGUAUCUGCCAUUUUUUUUAUUGCUGUAUAGAUAUUAAAAUAACUGAAUAAUUACACUAACAUGUAUUUCUACACUGUAGAAGAGCUCUCUUCUAAUCCCAGCUUCUUCCUCUGGGAUAUAAUAAACCCAGAAAGUA